UUGUGAAAGAUGGUGGAUCGCUUGGCAAACAGUGAGGCAAAUACUAGAAGAAUAAGUAUAGUGGAAAACUGCUUUGGAGCAGCUGGUCAACCUCUGACUAUUCCUGGUCGUGUUCUGAUCGGAGAGGGAGUACUAACAAAGCUGUGCAGGAAGAAGCCCAAAGCGAGGCAGUUCUUCCUGUUCAAUGACAUUCUUGUUUACGGUAACAUUGUCAUCCAGAAGAAGAAAUACAAUAAACAGCACAUAAUCCCACUGGAAAAUGUCACUAUUGAUUCCAUCCAGGAUGAGGGAGACUUACGGAACGGGUGGCUUAUCAAGACACCAACAAAGUCUUUUGCGGUUUACGCUGCCACUGCUACAGAGAAGUCCGAGUGGAUGAACCACAUAAAUAAGUGUGUUUCUGAUUUGCUUUCCAAAAGCGGGAAGACUCCUAGCAAUGAACAUGCAGCUGUCUGGGUGCCAGACUCAGAAGCUACUGUGUGCAUGCGCUGUCAGAAAGCGAAAUUUACGCCCGUCAACCGUCGUCACCACUGUCGCAAGUGCGGCUUUGUUGUGUGCGGGCCUUGCUCUGAAAAGAGGUUUCUUCUCCCGAGCCAGUCUUCCAAGCCUGUGCGAAUUUGCGACUUCUGCUAUGAUCUUCUUUCUACGGGGGAGAUGACUGCUUGUCAGUCCACUAGAUCAGACUCCUACAGCCAGUCGCCUAAAUCAUCUUUAAAUGAUGUAUCUGACGAUGAUGAUGAUGAAGACAGUAGUGAUUAAGGACCAAACGUUUUUUCCAUGUGUUGCAAUUUGUAUUUCAAACCAUAUGGAGCUGCUUUUGGGGAAGUCUGUAGUGAAGUUCCUCAGAAAAAUCCUGUUCUAGCCAUAAAAUAUGCCUGAAUAUCUUCAAUUGCGAUGUGCCUCAAUCUAUGAAUUCUCUAGACAAUAGGUUUUUCACUCCUCUGCAGGGAUAGACUGUUGCAAAUGUUAUCAGAGUAUUUUCCAACUUCUUAUACUUGAGUUGUGUCUAGGUUAGACUUUUGUGGAAGAUUGGAGAAUAAAAUGUACUUUCUUAAUUUAACAACCCAUAAUGUUCCUAAUGUUUCAUAUUGAUGUGUUGUUAUGUGGUUUUUUUGGAUAUGGGGAGGAAAACUGUAAGCAUGCAUGGAACAAUGAUGUUUUGGUU